AUGCAAGUCCUUAAGGAGCAUAAGACAGCUAUUGGUUGGACAAUUACGGAUAUUAAAGGAAUUAGCCCAUCUACAUGCAUGCAUCGGAUCUUGCUUGAAGAAGGAGCAAAACCUUUCCGUCAACUGCAAAGAAGAUUGAACCCGCCCAUGAUGGAUGUUGUGAAAAAUGAGAUCCUCAAACUUCUUGAAGUUGGAGUGAUUUACCCUAUUUCAGAUAGCAAUUGGGUUAGCCCUGUUCAAGUGGUUCCUAAAAUGACUGGAAUAACUGUUGUGAAAAAUCAGAAUGAUGAGUUAGUUCCUACCCGUGUUCAGAAUGGGUGGCAGGACUUCUCCAAAAUAGCAUUACCCCUAUGUAAGUUGCUGCAAAAGGAUGUGGCUUUUGAGCUCGAUGAGGCAUGUAAAGAGGCGUUUGAUAAGCUGAAGGAACUGUUGACUUCUACCCCAAUUAUCCAGCCUCCUGACUGGAACGUUCCUUUCGAGAUAAUGUGCGACGCAAGUGAUUAUACAGUAGGUGCUGUUUUGGGACAAAGGAUUGGAAAAGCAUCUCAUGCCAUCUAUUAUGCUUCAAGGACUUUGAAUGAUGCCCAAAGAAAUUAUUCCACUAUUGAGAAAGAACUUUUAGCUGUUGUUUUUUCUUUAGAAAAGUUUCGAUCUCAUUUGCUUGGUACUAAAAUUAUUGUUCACUCUGAUCAUGCAGCUCUACAUUAUUUGAUGACGAAGAAAGAGGCAAAACCAAGAUUAAUAAGAUGGAUACUUCUCUUGAGUGAAUUUGAUUUGGAGAUCAAAGGCAAAAGAGGGACAGAAAAUCGUGUCAUGGAUCAUUUGAGUCGUUUAGUUCAUAUGGAGGAUGAACUUCAUUUGCAAGAAAAGCUCCCUGAUGAGCAAUUGUUCUCCAUGAGUGUGACAUUACCUUGGUAUACAAAUCUUGUAAAUUAUUUGGUUACUAACAUCUUACCUCCUGGUUUGUCUAAGGCUCAAAGAGAUAAGAUCAAGAGUGAUGUCAAAUACUAUGUGUGGGAUGACCCCUACUUAUGGAAGCAUUGUGUAGAUCAAGUGAUAAGAAGGUGCGCUCAUGAAAAUGAAAUUAUUUCCAUUCUCACCUUUUGUUAUUCUUAUGCAUGUGGAGGUCACUUUGGAGCUAGGAGGACGAAGACAGGUAAUAUAUCCCAAAGGAAUGAGAUGCCACAAACCCCCAUACUAUUUGGCGAAAUUUUUGAUGUUUGGGGCAUCGAUUUCAUGGGACCAUUCCUUGUAUAUUUUGGUUAUGUUUAUAUUUUGCUUGCUAUUGAUUAUGUCUCGAAAUGGGUAGAAGCUAAAGCUACCAGACCUGAUGAUUCUAAAGUUGUUGCAGAUUUUAUCAAGUCUAACAUAUUCUCCAGGUUUGGAAUUCCAAGAGCUCUAAUAAGUGAUCGAGGCACUCACUUUUGGAAUUGCAACGUAAGGCUUUGCUAG